AUGGAGUUCUUCAAAAGCUGGCACAUCCUCUGGCUGCUCUUUUCUCUGUCAUUUUCAUCAUCAUCUUCUUUUGUGCAAGCCUCAUAUGGCUAUGACCCUGAGUCCUUGAGCACUCUUUUCCAUGAUUAUGCAAACGCAACUCUAAGGAACCCUCAUACUGGCACGCUAUACAAUAUUUCUCUCCCUGCUAAUUUCUCUGGCAUGGAAGCUUCAUUUGUUAGGGUCCUUAGUGCAAAGUUUUGGAGUAGAGGAGCAAAUUUCAGUUCAUUUCAAAUACCACCAAGGGUUAUUCCAAUGCCUUAUGGAAGAAGGCUAGCCAUAGUGUUUGAGAAUUUAGGCAAUUGGUCUUCAAGUUACUACCAAAUGUCCAAUUACACAUUGGUUGCUCCUGUUGUUGGCUUCAUGGCUUAUGAUUCUCCAAAUGCAACUCCAAUAGGAAACCAGAAGCUCAAUUUCACUACUCAGGGUGACCCCAUUACAAUCCGGUUUUCUCAUAUUGAUGAUGUGCAAGGGAAAAAUGUGACACCAAAAUGUGUCCAAUUUGGUGCCGCUGGGAGCUUUGAGAUCAAGAACAUGACCAAGGAAAAUGAGUGCACUACACAUGGUUUAGGCCAUUUUUCCAUUGUUGUUCCAUCUCCACCUAGGCCAGCGCCAACACCAACUCCAGAGAAGAAAAAGAGGCAUCGGAAAGGGUUGGGGAAAGGGUUUGUAGUUGGAAUUGUGCUUGGGUUGGUUUUACUGGGAUUGGUAAUGAUAGCCAUAUUCAAGUUAUGGUGGAGGAAGAAACUUAAAGCUAUGGAGAUGCAGUCUGAAAAAGAUGUGGCUUUUGAUACAUUUUGGGUUGGGAGAAGUAAAAUGCCUUCUGCAUCAAUGACUAGAACCCAACCAUAUCUUGAACAUGAAUAUGUUCCUUGA